UAGUCUUAACUCUUAAGUUAUUUUUAAUUAGUUCAAUUUAUAGAGCUUCUAGAAGUAGUUCAAUUAUGAGCGAAGCAAGUGGUAGUGGAGCAAAUGGUCAGUCACCUUCCAGACACCAACCAGAAGAACCUCCCAGGAAGCGUCGUGUGUUGCCCCCUCUGGAGACUUACGGAGACGGGGGCACGGAGUUGCACCGGGCCGCUCGUGAGGGGGAUUCUCAGAGAGUGAGGGAGCUGCUGAGUCUGGGUUACGAUACUCGUGCGACGGAUCGAUACGGACGGACGCCCCUCCACACUGCUGUGUACUCCCUUGCAAUGCCAACAGUGGAGAUCCUUGCCGAUGUGGACGCAACGAACGAAGUGAGGGACCGCGAGGGGCGCACCCCUUUGCAUCUGGCUGCAUCUUCUUUAUACCUGCCCGUGCUGUGGAAGCUGCUGUCUGCCGGAGCGAACACGCGAGUGCAGGACAAGUUCAGAGACACACCCCUGCACACUGCUCUCUAUGCCGGAUGGGAGGCUGGGGCAGAGCUGCUGGCGGAUGCGGACGCAUUGAACGGAAUACGGAACGCGUCUGGGCGCUCCCCCUUGGAUCUCGCUGAGGACGAAGGAUUCGUAGGGGUAAUCCGAAAGCUGCUCACUGCAGGAGACGACACGCACCUGGAAGACGGAAGUGGACGGACGCCCAUACACUGCACACCCUUGUACCUCGCCGUCAAGAAGGGAUGCGUCCGAUCAGCGAGGAAGCUAUUGUGGGGUGACGCACCUCUCGACUAUGAGGAAGAUGUCCGAUUUCCCCUGACUGCAGCUCUGGCGGGAGGAAAGGAUGAGGUGGCGGGCGAAAUCCUCGCUCGGUGUGCCUGGACGGACAUUGCCGUGAACUGGGAAGCGAUGAAUCUGCCGCCGGACCGGCAAGAGCGCGGCAUCCGUCUACUCUCGGAAUGCGAGGAGGAGAUCCGGAGAAUGCGUGAGGUCCGGAUAGAGGGAUCGAGCGUGUCUUUCUAUGAGGUUGCGACGCGGCACGCCUGCCGGACCGCCCCUCGUCUGCGAGUAGACGUCAUCGCCCUGGCCGUGCGCAGCGUUGGUCGGAACUUCCCCGCAUAUGCCGACCGGAUCGUCCUCAAGCUGAGGGAAGUGGAGAGGAGGAAGGUCCUUGCCGACCGAUGCCGGGAGGUCUUCUCCCUCCUGCGUCCUCCCCUGCCCGCAAUGUGCACGGACGUCAUCUUCUCUUGUCUGAGUGAUCAAGACAUGCGUAACUUCGCCUGUGCCAUGGAAAGCCUGAUGACUCGCGUUAAAGGGGAAAAAAGCAGAACCAAGUUCUGAUUGGUGCUCCAUAAGCUUUGAGUUGCAGCAGAUGCGGAAUCUUGUUUUUUGUUGCAAACUCCGUCAAGGAACGAGAGCGUCAUUCCAUAUUUCGAUCGGAGUAGGCGGAUGAGGUCAGCGACUUUUUCCGUCGCUCGUCAAAGUCGACGCGUUUCAGAUGAUGCAGAUUCCUUAUUUGCGUUACAAACUCCGUCUAGGAAUGCGAGUGUCAUUCCGUAUUUGGAUUUGAGUCGGCAGAUGAAUUCGGCGACUUUCUCGCCAAAGUCGACGCAUUUCAGAUGAUGGGGAUUCUUGUUUUUCGUUACGAACUCCAUCAAGGGAUGAGAGCAUCCUUCCGUAUUUCGAUUAGAGUCGGCGAUGAGGUCAGCGACUUUCUCCGUUGCUCGCCAAAGUCGACACGUUUCAGAUGAUGCGGAUUCUUGUUUUUCCUUACGAACUCCGUCAAGGAAUGAGAGCGUUAUUCCGUAUUUCGAUUGGAGUCGGCAGAUGAGGUCAGCGACUUUCUCUGUCGCUCGUCAAAGUCCAAGCAUUUCAGAUGAUGCAGAUUCUUGUUUUUCAUUACGAACUCCGUCAAUGAAUGCGAGCGGAAUUCCGUAUUUCGAUUGGGGUCGGCGGAUGAGGUCAGCGACUUUCUCCGUCGCUCGCCAAAGUCGACGCAUUUUAGAUGAUGCGGAUUCUUGUUCUUUGUUACUCACUCCGUCAAGGAAUGCAAGAGUCAUUCUGUAUUUCGAUUGGAGUCGGCAGAUGAGUUCGGCGACUUUCUCUGUGGCUCGCCAAAGUCGACGCGUUUCAGAUCAAAUAGUGCAUACUAAUAGUGUGUACUGUGACCUGGUGUAACUUUAUUUUGACUUUCUGUUCACAGGAGACUUUCCGAGUGACGCCAAGUUUGUUUCAUUAAAAAAAUAGUUUUGAAUUUGCUGGAAUAUA